AUGGAUGGCAUUUUCAAUAACCGAAGGCUAUUCGUUGCACCUCGCAAUGGAGCUGUAUUGGUAAGCGGUGAUCGUCUGCGAGAUCCACGAAACGUGAGCAUUCUUGACGGUGAUCCAACCUUCUCCGCCUAUGUCUGCACACCACCGCAGCAUCAAUAUCGCGAUGAUUUUUCGUUUUCAAGCGCAACACAUUCGGAUGCAGAUUCUUAUCGUAAUCACCCAUCACAACGGAUAAUCGACAUCAAUGUAAAUAUCACAGACCAGCCAAAAAACCAAAUACGUUAUGGACCACCUGGCUCGAGGACAUCACUUGUGAGGGAGUCCAGUCGUAAUCUAGCGGAGACUGGCCCGGCGAAACCUGCCGUAUGUCCAGAAACAGUGAGAUGUGAGUUUGUUCGUGCAAAUACGCAGAAUGUAACUGGUCUCUAUGCAUGGCAUCUACCCUGUGCAUAUUUUAGGUUGAAGUCAAAUGAGGGAGGCCUAAUGGAUGGUGAUCGUAUUGUUUGGUUUGAUGCAGAGGGCAUCCCUCGCCGUGGUACUGUUCGAUGGUGUGGGUACCUACGUGGUCACACGAAAGUUUACGUCGGGGUUGACUUCGUGAGUUUUUUUUUUUUACUCUUAGUCUUUAUAGAACUGUUUUCGCUGGCAAAGAAAAAGAAAUCCAAAUAA